AUGGCGAUAGAUAGCACAUCGUUCCAGGUUGUUCCGGGAUUCUUCCGCCACUACGAGGAGCCCACCGGGCCACAAUUCCGAGCGAUAACGUUACCAAACAUGGGCUUGAUCGAUCGCGCCUAUGAGACGGACGCAGCCUUCGACCCAGAAGGCAAAAAGACACAAUGGGAACGAUUCGUCCGUUUCCUAGAACAUAAGAACGAGCAAGGACAGGGCCGAGUCCAGUAUAAGUUGAUUUUCCUUAUCAGACAUGGUCAAGGCUACCAUAAUCUUAAGGAGGCCGAAGUAGGGCGACAUGAGUGGGAGACGUUUUGGUCGCAUAUUAACGGCGAUGACCGUACCGUUUGGGCUGACUCUCAGCUGACGGAAAAGGGGAAGCAGCAAGCACAAGCACUAAAUGACUUCUGGCGGAACGCGAUCGCAACAGGAAUGCCGACACCACAGAAGUACUAUACAAGUCCUCUUGCUCGUUGUCUCGCGACGACUAGCAUCACAUACUCAGGUCUAAACGUAACAGCCGAUCAACCUUUUAAACCAAUUAUUAAGGAGAAUCUGCGGGAGCGUUUCGGAAAGCACACCUGUGAUCGUCGCAGCACGAGAAGCUGGAUUGCGGACAAUUACCCUAGUUUCCAAAUCGAACCUUCCCUUAGCGAAGCCGAUGAAUUAUGGCAAUCAGACCGUCGGGAGACAGAGAAAGAGAUUGCUGACCGAGUGAGAACCCUCCUGCGUGACAUCUUCAGUAGAGAUGAUAAGUUCAUCCUCUCAUUCACGGCACACUCGGGUUUCCUCAGGGCUCUAUACGGUGUUAUUGGCCAUCCUGAUGUUUGGGUAUCAGCAGGCGCUACAGUGCCUGUUUUGAUUAGAGUAUCGUAG